AGCCGGAAGGGGUGGGCCUGACUGGCAGGGCGUGGCCGACGGGGAGCGGCGAACAUGGCGGAGCGCGCGAAGAAGCGCCCCUGCGGCCCGGGUGAACAUGGCCAAAGAGUCGAAUGGCGAAAAUGGAAGCAGCAGAAGAAAGAAGAGAAAAAGAAGUGGAAGGAUCUCAAGCUGAUGAAGAAACUGGAGCGGCAGCAGGCACAGGAGGAACAGGCAAAGCUCCAGCAGGAAGAAGAGGCAGCUGCACAGAGGGAGGACCAGGGUCGGCCUUACACCCUGAGUGUAGCCCUUCCAGGUUCUAUCCUGGACAAUGCCCAGUCACCAGAGCUUCGCACCUACCUGGCUGGCCAGAUUGCCAGAGCCUGCACCAUCUUCUGUGUGGAUGAGAUUGUGGUGUUCGAUGAAGAAGGCCAAGAUGUCAAGACUGUGGAGGGAGAAUUCAGGGGAGUUGGCAAGAAGGGACAGGCAUGCGUACAGCUGGCCCGGAUCCUGCAGUACCUGGAGUGUCCACAGUACCUAAGAAAGGCAUUCUUCCCCAAGCAUCAGGAUCUCCAGUUUGCAGGGCUUCUGAACCCCUUGGACAGCCCUCACCACAUGCGUCAGGAUGAGGAAUCUGAGUUCAGAGAAGGCAUUGUUGUCGACCGGCCCACCCGGCCAGGCCAUGGGUCCUUUGUCAACUGUGGCAUGAAGAAGGAGGUGAAGAUUGACAAGAACUUGGAGCCUGGACUUCGCGUGACAGUUCAGCUGAACCAGAAGCAGCUCCCAGAAAGCAAGACCUACCGGGGAAAGGUUGUGUCAUCACAGGACCCUCGCACCAAAGCCGGUCUCUACUGGGGCUAUACGGUCCGGCUGGCCUCCUGCCUCAGUGCUGUGUUUGCUGAGGCCCCCUUCCAGGACGGGUAUGACCUGACCAUUGGGACAUCAGAGAGAGGCUCGGAUGUGACCUCCGCCCAGCUUCCUAGCUUCCGGCAUGCUCUUGUGGUGUUCGGGGGCCUCCAGGGCCUGGAAGCUGGAGUGGAUGCUGACCCCAACCUAGAGGUGGCUGAACCCAGUGUCCUCUUCGAUCUGUACGUCAACACCUGCCCUAGCCAGGGCAGCCGCACCAUCCGCACCGAGGAAGCCAUCCUCAUCUCCCUGGCCACCCUGCAGGCUGGCCUCAGCCAGGCGGGUGCCCGGGCCAGCUGAAGGUCCUGUAGGGCCAAAGACAGCGAAGCAGCAGCAGGGAAACCAGAGGUUCCUGAGGUCCCCCAGGAC